UCGGCAAAACCGCAAGGGCCAUCAUAACGAUAUAAGUUAAUCGGACCAUUUUUUCCAAGAGUGUGAUUCUUAUCUAGAGCGGCAACACCAACUUUCUGUGCUGGAAUUGUGUCAUCCGGUGCACACAUCGUUUUGGCUCUUGUAUUUUCCGUUCGAUGUGGUAUUAGCAUCACACACGACACUAUCGUUGGUCAGCCAAGGCAAUAUGGUGAACACUGUUGGAAGAGUUUUCUCAAACCAAAUAGCGCCCUCAUUGGGGCCGAUGGUAUUGGGCAGUGGGUACUCACGGAGCGACACCGUUGCACACUCCACACCUUGUUUUGGCUCUUGCAUUUGCCGUUGGAUGUUGUAUUAUAGCAUCACACACGACUCUCGUUAGUCAGCGAAGGCACCCUACAGCACCAUAACAGCUCAACAUGGCCGUUACCCGUAUAUUUCAAGUCCUGUUCUUCCUUCAAUCGGUGGCUUUACUCGCAUAUAUCAUUCAUUGGUCCCGCAAUUGCGAUUCAUGUGUAAUUCUGAAGACUGCAAUGAUAAACCAAGCUACGGGCAAUGUAUACAGCAAGGCAACCAACGUCCCGUUUGCAAGUACUGAGCGUGGACAAUUGUCGAAUUGCACACUUUAUGACAUCCUACAGCGACCCGGUGUAGUAAUGUUGACAACAACCAACCUGGGCUUCCUAGACAUGACCAUGAACAUGUUGGCGAGUGUCCGUAGGGUGGGCAUCUGUGUCAAUACAACUAUCAUCGCUGAGGAUAAGAAAGUAUACAAAUAUCUGCACAAAAAAGCUGAAGGGGACCCAGCGGUGCAUGUAGUGAUGACCAACUCUGGUCUCAUGCAGAGUGGCGAAGUGAAGCGCAAAAAUGCCCGAACCUAUUUUGACCUUCUGAAGAAACGCCAGGGGUAUGUUUUUAGUCUGUUAGAACAAGGCUUUGAGGUUCUUUUCACGGAUUCUGACACCUUUUGGUUCCGAGAUCCCUUUCGGUAUUUUCAAGGAGACUUCGAUAUGUCUAUGAUGGACACGAACUCACCUUAUCCGACUCGCACAUCAAGAGCACAUUACUGCGCCGGUUUUAGUUACAUGAAGCCAACCAUCGUGACACUCAUGUUUGUUAAAGAGUGGAUUCGGUCUCUGAAAGGGAAGCAAAUCAUGGAUCAGAUCGUAAUGAAUAAACUCUUGCAAGCUGAUAAACCCGUGCAUGUCAACAUCAAACCACUCGACAUUAAGCUAUUCCCGCCAGGGCCUACGUUUUACGAGUUCUUAGCGAAGAACACCAGCUACUCUGCUGUUGUGAUGCACGCCGCCAGUAUCCGUGGCCACGAUGAAAAAGUGCAAAAAUUCAAAAGCUCCAAUAUGUGGUUGGUCAAUGCAAGCAGUGACGAGUUGGUUGCCCGUGAGCAGGGAUUGUAUGGAAAUAACUCACUUUCUGAACUUAUCAUAUUUUAGGUAUAGAUGGUAUCAGGGUUAGACUUCUUUUAGGACGCAUUUUGUUUUAUAUCGCCUGCCUGAGCAUUCGUAAAGUAGUGUAAUUUUUAGACCGUUUUCACACUACAACACAUGAUGUCAACCUUGUUAAUGGAACUGCUUAAUUUUAACCAUUUGUUACUUCUUUUUGAAAGGUAAGAACACAAUUUAAUUCUUGAGUGGGACUGAAUGCAAAGAUCACAAAAAUAACUGCACAAGAGUAACAUACUUUGCUAACGACUUUUUACGCAGGAUCGAAGAUACCGUUUAAAAACAUUGUUCGAAUUUGAAUGAAGGUUUUGCAAUUGCAAUUUAACGUAUCAAAUUGGUCAGGAAAACCUGUUCAUAAAGCAUUGCGAGAAAGCUUCAGGUGAUAUCCGCAAAUAAGAAAAAUCCUUUAGAUUCUCUGGUAGCUUUCAACAGAGCGGGUCAAAUAUACUAUAUUUUUAAAAAAACCAGGACAGGUUAUGAAUCAUGUGCAAGUGGAUGGGUUGUUGAGAUAAUCCCGAAGCUAUAUAUGGCAUGUUUGUUUAAAAAAAAAUGAAGGCAUCAGUAAAUCAGGUAUUUCGGUCGUCAGCUUUAUGUUUGUUGUCGUUUAACAAAGUCGCGAAUUAAAAUCCAUGAACCUAAUUCUGCAACUUAUGCUUUACAAUUUGUGCCAUUGCGUCCGAAACCGUCAGACUUCGUUAGACAACUGAUGACUUUAAACAUUGAAAGUGAAAAAAUAUUUUGCUCGACAUUUGGGUAAAUUAGAAACGGUAUAAACACGUUUUAAAAUAAGCGGGAAACCUAUUACAGAUUUAUGAUGCAAUCCUUGAAAUGAACCAUUGCGUGCCAUUAUAGAUAUUCUCAAUCUCUUUAUUGCAAUUUUUAUUUAUUGCAGACUCUUUUAUUAUAUUUACUCUAUAUUGCAGUUUUCAAGGGUGUUUGGGAGCUCAUAUUCAUAAAGAAACUGUUAUUUAGGACAAACAUUUCAGUGUUGCAAUUGCUUUAACGUCAAAAGGUGUCAGAUUGUUUAGUUUAACAACAUUUCGGGUUCAAAAUUUAAACAGAAAACCCCUUAAAUGAUGAAAAUUUUCAUAAACUAAUGUAGAGAUUCAUGUAGAUACAGGAUUUUCCCGUUCACAAAUAAUACGCAUUAUGUCCUCAUUUGCACGUUGACCCCGACAGAUCGCAGAGUGUAUUUAUUCACUAAUGACUUAGUGCCCCAAUAAUUCUAGAAUUCUCUCAAUAUAUUCCUAUAGAUCUUUUAUGAGCACUUAUUUUUGAUACUGUUCAAUGGAUCAAUGAGUAUAGAGUAUACUUUGCAGCUCCAAAAAGUAACUGACGAAAUCAUCGUUAAAAAGCUUACUUGGUUUAAAGACGGGGAUGGCUAUCCACUCCCUGUGAAAUUAUUCUUUCUGGCACGCAUCAUUUUGAAGAAAACAAGAAGGUCAUUUCUAAAGAUGCUUCUUGGUAUUUCCGUUAGGCGUUGGUUUGUAAUUUGGCGAAUCCGUGAAUGGGUGCGCGCAAGCAUUGACUUUAUU